UGCAGUUAGAAGUAUUUCUGAAGUUAACCUAGCUUAUUUUUGAUAUACCAGCAUUUCUAAGUAUACUUAGAGCGAAGUUUAAUAGUUUUUUCAUAUAGUAACAUUUACAAGUAUUUCUGGAGAGAAGUAUGUUAAAUUAAUGUUUUGAUAUACUAGGAAGUUUAAUGGAUUAUAUAAUGUGCUCAGGAAAUAUUUUUAUCUAGAAUUUUAGCUAGGAUCUAUUUAGAUUUUGAAAUAGAAAAAUUUGUAUACUACUUUUUUCACAGCAGAUGAUUUGAGCUUGCCCAGCAGCCAAUAAUAAAAUUUAUUUCCCAUUUCCUCAUACUUGGCUUGACGUUGCAUAACAAAUCACUGUCAUGGCUGCAAGAUCGGACCAGCCACUUCUUAUCACCGAGUUCUUUCAUUUCAAUCCUCCAGGACUACGUUAUUUCUGAGGAAUUCUUGGUGUUUUUCCAGUAGUUUCCUCAAGAGCGUUACAGUAAGGCUGUAAAGGUAUGGCUCUUGCAUUGAGGACACGAGUCUGGCUCGGGGAGUUACAUCUUUUCUUUGGUCAGGAACGUAAGAUGGGGCAGGUUCAGACUCGUCUGGCCCAGUGCACACAGUCGUUCUUUCUUUUUUUCCCCCUUUCAUUGUUCCUCUUCAUCCACUCCCUCUGGUUUUUCCGUGUUCUGAUUAUUCAACUAAAACAGUUGAAGGUGCAAUGAUGAUUCAAUCAUUAAGGAUUGAAUUGGUGUGAAAUUGAGCUAACGUAAACAGUUUGUUGGCGACAGGUAGAAGAAAUCUCUUUUAGUUUUUACUGUGUGUAAUAUUUUAUGGAAAUAAAUCUGAAGCAAGCAGGAAAGUUGAAGGUCAGGUUUAACUGUAUAAUAAGUUCUUUUGUUCUAACAUAAUUCAACACUUUAUUAUAUUUUCCUGUGUAAAUCUUAGGACAGGGUUAUACUUGAUGCGUGCAGGAAGCUAGUUAAGUGACAUUGUUCACAUACUCAUCUAGAGGACUGAACGUGAUGUCCACUGGGGGACAGACCAGAGCCCAAACAUAUCUCACCAGUGCUGGAAUACCAUCUCUGACCACUUCCUGUGAUUCUGCACAACAGGAUAAACAGUGAAGAUGGCACCUCCAUGGGGUGGAGUCGGACCUGACUCAGCUCCUACCUACCUGGGAGUCGAGCCAAAAGUCCAGGUGGUGUGUGUUUCAGGCUGGAUAAGUGUGUUUAAUGUGUUUUAUAUUGUACAGCAUUGUGUGGGAUAGGGUUAGGCCCAUAGGAGAAGAUCCAGCUCCACCCACUGGACUUUUAGUUCUGCAGUGAGGACUGUCUCAAAGAUGGCAUGAGUUGAGGAGGCUAUGAUCAUGUGAUGCUAACAUAGAUGGGAUACAUAGAUGAUAUAUCAGGCUACAGGCACAGCAGUGAAUAGUAUACAGUGCAGGCCAUAAUUAUUGGCACCCUUCCUAAAAGUUUUCCUCUCAAACAAUAGGAGAAACUAUCAUUGUUCUAACAAACACAUUCUCAUAGAAUUUUCUCUCAAAAAUAUAUAUGCCAAAUGUAUUGACACCCCUACAGGGAACAUUUUAAAUAUAUGAAACCAAACUGUCAUUCUUUAUUUUAAAAACCUUUAUUUUAUUUUUUUCAUUUGCUUUCAGUCCCCAGGAGCUCCUUUCCCUUUAACAAUGUUGAUCAUAUUUAUAACCUGGGGUACAAAUAUGAUGCUGCACACAUGUAAUGGAUGACAAAGAGAUUUUACCACGGGAAAAGCUAAAGAACUUUCAACGCAAACAUGACACAAUGUUAUUGACCUACACAAAUCCAGUAAUGGAUAUAAAAAUACACAAGCGGUUAAGAAUACCAUUAAGCACAAUUAGGACUGUGUGGAAAAGUUUCAUAUGUCUGAAACAGUUGGAAAAUUGCCAGGAUUGGGCUCAUGAGCACACUGUCCCCACUGCACAGUGAGGUAGAGGAUGGAGAACGAGAGAAAAAAAGAAAACAGAGUUUGCAGUUUUAAAAGUGCUGAGUUUAGCUGAUUCUUGUGGUUGUCAGGUUGCAAAUUCAACUGUUAAACACCACUUUCAUAAUAAAGUUCUUUUUUAAAGUGUUGCAGGAAAGUUUUACAUGGGUAUUGUAACUAUUUUUGAGGACGUGCAUAAUUAAUGCACCAAAUUAACAGAGUAUACACAUGGCAGUCCCCUUGUGUACUUACUCGCAGCCUGGUUGGAUAAACAGGUGCAUUCUUAAAGCAUUUGUCAGGACUGGGCCUUAGCCAGCGCUAAUGUCCUCUGAGUAUUGAGUCCAAUCUGAUAAUGCAGGUGACUAAAGGCGUUCCAGGAGGUGUGAAUGGCUCUUCUUGGCACUACAAGCCUCACUUUCACACAGAGACAGAAGGAGAUAUUCUUGGGGGUUCUUGUUGUUAGUUAUUUUCCAUCAAUUUGUCAGAUGAUUGAUAUGGUAACAUUGGUAUGAAUAAAAGCGACUGCGUCAUCAUAGCACAUGAUGUUUUUACGCUAUUGCCAAGUUGACCUUUUUUAAAAGGCAUCUGGACUAUGGUUGUAGCUAGGGCUGCACAAUACAUCAUUUUAAAUCAGUACUGCUAUACUGUAAUUCUGAUAUUGGAGCAGUUAAUAAAUUGUUGAAGAUGACAUUUAUAAGUGUUUAUAUCUGGAAGAAUCCCAACGAUUUCAUGAUUCAACACAGAGUUUUGGUUAAAAUAAUGCAGUCUGAUCAUAAAUCAUGUCAUAUCAAGGGUUUCAUACCAUGUAUCGCAAAUUGCUAUAUAGUAUUAUAUUCAUAUUCUGAAUCUCUAGUUAUAUCCCUUUUAUUUCCUGUUAGAUCAUUUCCAGUCUGGUAUUUUACGUGAAUAGACAUGGCCAAGAACUAACUAAUUCUGCAAAAAGAGGCCAUUUGACUGACGUUGCAAAUGACCAGCGAUGUUUUUCUGCCACUAAUCGGUUUAAAUUAAAUUCUCAAAAGACAGGAUGCCAUGGACCUUUUAUGUUUUCGGGUUGUCUGUGCAUCCACCCGAGAUUCUCGUUGAUUCUGCAUGAUAUCUCAAGUACGAGUGACCGAAUGUUAUAUGGAGUUAUGACUGUAACCAGCAGUUGAACUGAUUAGAUUUUGAAUCGAUCCAAACAGGGUCAGGGUCACAGCAAGGUCAAAUGUUUGAAAUAGUUUUUCUUCAAUAACUUCCUUCCUUUCGAGGCAUACAAAUUACUAACAAGAAGGACUAGACUUGUUGGUGACGAUUGCAUCCCAGUCAAUGCCGUUGGCAUCGAGUUCUACUUGUUUCAAUCCAGUGAUUAGAUCUCGCCCUGAAAAAAGCUCAUUGUGUUGCAGCAUUUGUACCACUGUACAGAAGUGUGUAUCUACGGAAGUGUGGAGAGCCAAUCAGAUUCCAGAUUUGAAGAUUCUGAAGCUUGUGGCCAGAAAAGUGUACAAAAGUUUCACAUGUCUGUGAGGCUGAAACUACAUGUUGUGUGAUGCUCUAUCCAGGAACCAGGAAAUCAGGAACACCACUAGAGCUAGAUCCUCUCCUAGGGUACUGUUAGAUCCUGUUGGUGCAUCCUGUUCCAGCUUCCUGUUAUCAGAGUUUAUAGUACUUUGUGCAGUGAAAAACGUCCCGAGAGAACAGGACUGCCUUUCUGUUUACGUUGCUGUUUAGAAUGAAGUGUUUUCCACCAGCAUUGUGUCAUUUGAUCCUGUGUAUGAACAAACACGACUGAAUGCAGAAGUAUGAGAGCAGGGUUUGUACAAGCAAUGCAGAACAACAUCCUAGUCUUUACAAGAAGGCACGAAAGGUUUUAUAAGUCUAAUGAUUAUAGUACAUAAUACAUUUAUAAAGCACCUUUCACCAACUAGUGGUCACUUUAGGUACAGAAUUACAAAGCAAUGAAAAAAGCCUGAAUAAGCAAAACAAAAGCCGCGCUUCACAUUUAUAAUGCACUCAGAAUUGGCCUCCUGUUGCUAAUCCUGCAUCCACGAACAAGGAGAACAGGUCCUGCCACACUGGCGUAUAUAAUGGAGCGCUUUCUAAACAAAGGGGCCAAGAAAGUUAGAUAAGAGUAAUCUGAGACGCUCGUCGGCACAGGGAAGUUUCUCAGGGAAUUUUUCCAAGCCGAGAGCGACAGUAGCUCUGUGAGAUUAAUGAGAGAGCACAACGUUUAGAGGCUGGUGUUCGGAAACAGCGCUGAAGCAGGGGCAGGUGUAAGGAGACAGCAGAACGAUAGAGCGAGAGAGAGAGAGAGAAGCAGGGGGUCGGAGUUGGACAGACGACACAAUCUGCUUCAGACUUCCCAUUGGAGCCACCUAAUCCAAUAACCAAUGGCAACAGUCCAGGCCCUGCCUUUGACCCAAGAUCCCAGCAAGAGCAUCAGUGCCAUUUAUCCAGCAUCCUCUCUGGUAUCUGCUGACUGCGUUAUGGGUAGUGUGGGCAGUCUGAUCGAGAAGCAUGACCCGGCGCCCACCAAAGGCAACAAAGCUGUUCCUCAGGUCCCACAGCGGCAGAGCAACGGGCAGAACAGAAAGGGCUUCAGCCAGCGAGAGCUGCUAAACUACCUGAACAUCACCAAGAAGGAGCCGAAAGCAGGCAAACACAUCGUCUGCAGCAACUCAUCCAUCAAGAGAGAGCACUCCAGAGAAGAGGAGAACCUCUACGCCAAGGUUUAUCAUAAAGACGGCAAAGAGGUGGACCUGGGGAAGAACUCUCUCCCAAUAGGCGGCAAGUUUGAUAAGCCCCGUUUCAGAUCGUCUGCCUUUAAGCCAGUGACGCCAAAGAACUUUAGCUCCAUGCAGAACCUUUAUCCAUCCAAAUCCGAGGAACUGAUGAAUGGCAAGCAUUCAUUCUACUCCAAGACAUCCAAAUCUCUAUCCACGUCCUCCUCGUCCUCUUCUCCUUCACGGGUGGGUAACAGCGCCAACAAGGGUGUCCUGGCAGUUCCCCAUGAAGAGGAGACAGCCUCAGACUCAGGCCAUAACUCUAUGAGCAGCCUGCCACCGUACCGCCCUCCGUUCCGCCCCCACCUGGGACAGAUCAGCGCCUCCAUGGGUCAUAUUGAGCACAUUGGCUCGUUUGAGCGGACUUCAGCGGGCACAGUGGGCAUCGGUGCUCUUAGUACGGCCCCCGAGUCCUAUGAGCUCUCACAAUCUUUGGAGGAUGUGGUGAAGGACCUUGAGGAGCGACUCCAGGAGAAAGAGCACGAACUGUGGCAGAUGAGGAGGAACCUGGAUGAGAGCGAGGACGCCAUCGCACAGGUGUUUGAGGGGAAGCAGCGGCUGUGGGAGAAAGAGGUGUCUGAGCUGAAGCAGCUCUACACCACUAAGCUGCGUCAGGUAUCCCAGCAGUCUCAGCGCUCCCAGCGUGCUCUGCAGCUGCAGCUCUACAAGGCUCAGCACGAGCGCAGCCGAAUACAAGACGAACUCAACACGUUGCGUCGCAAAUACCAGAGCCUGCAGAAACAGGGUGGAGCCGGGCAGAGCCAUGAGCUCCAACCACAGCUUGAGGAGUCCCAGUGGGAGGUGUGUCAGAAGGCAGGUGAGAUCUCCCUGCUGAAGCAGCAGCUCAAAGACUCCCAGGCUGAGGUGGCUCAGAAGCUCAGUGAGAUCUUCCUGCUGAAGACGCAGCUGCGCGAGACGCGUCAUGAGCUGUCCACCAAAGAUGGCCAGCUGGACAUGCUGCAACUGGCACUGCAGGCCACACGCCGCAAGAUUUCCCUGGGGAAGUCGGUACAGAACCUGUCCUCCCACCAGACUCCGGGUGAGGACAGCGGGACGAGCAGCGCCACAGAAGAGCGUCUCCGUGCCGAGCUGUUGCUGGAGCGGCGUCAGAGCGAAGCUCAGGCGUCAGCCUUCGACGCCGAGCGCAGCACGUGGCAGCUGGAGAAGGAGAAGGUGCUUCGCUAUCAGAGAGAGCUGCAAGCCAGCUACCUCGAGAUGUUUCACAAAAACGAGAGCCUGGAGAGAGAACUGCAGCAGCUCCGAGGAGGUGGGGCUGGAGCUGUGGUGGGCGGGGCUGGAGCUGUGGUGGGCGGGGCUCUAGCAGAGCCCUCGGGUCUUCCCUGGAUUGAAAGGAUUGAGUCUUCUGAAAUCUGAAUAUAUGUAUACAUGCAGUAUGUGUCUAUAAUAUAUGUGUAUAUGUGAAUAUCAGAAUAAAUGUACAAAACUGAAAGACUCUAAAUGAGCAAAACGAUAAAAGCAUUGCUUUUGUUGAGUUUCUUAAAUUGUUUAUAUCUAUAUGAAUGUAAAUUAGUUUCGAUUUGUGAACCAAAAUAAGAACGGUUAUUCCACAGUGUUGCGUGUUCCAGAUGGAUUUGCUUUUAAAAAAAAAGGGAUUUUGUUGUAAUGUCUUCUUGAAGACUUAUUCCAUUUACACAAUGUUUUAUUAGAUAUAUUUUUACCGUAUUCUCUAAACUAUAAAGUACUAUUCGAGCUGGGUUCGUUUUUACCAGAAGAGGUUCAAUCAUGUACACUUUGUGAUUUAAAAGCGAUUCAGCUGUUGGAAUAAAAUGUGUAAUUUUCCCCAAAUUAUCUCCAAUAUCCAGGAAUAACAUGUCAUGUGCCAGAUGUACACAUCUGCUGCCACACAAUAAAAACACAUCAUGAGUAAGCAUGACUAUCUCUAUUACUAUCUUUAUCCAUUACAAUUCAAUAAUCGUAUCGGGUUCUUUGCUUUGUCGUUCUCUCAGUAGUGUGUAAAACCGUACAACAAAUGGCUCGAAGUAGAACCCAUUAAGGAAGUGAAUGAAUCUUAACCAUCCAGAGAACACGUUGGACAGGAAGGAAGGCAUAACACGACUUUUGUUUUUACACCAAGUAGUAAGUCAGAACCGUAUCAGACGUGUGUUCUGUACAUGUUUCUGAGGCCAGAAAUGACACUCGGAGAAUGACACUGCAGUUUGUCAGUCUGUAUUUCACUGCCACGUGGUUUGCUGUUUUAAAACAAGCUUAUUAACAUCAGCAUCAUCAUCAAGGAUUCAGCAACUCUCUUCAAAAGAUCUUCAAAAGAUUCCAGAACCUUCUUCAAAACAUUCUGGAACCCUCCACAAAGACUCAGCAACCAUCUUCAAAAGAUUCUAGAACCUUCUUCAAAACAUUCUGGAACCUUCUUCAAAACAUUCUGGAACCUUCUUCAAAACAUUCUGGAACCCUCCACAAAGACUCAGCAACCAUCUUCAAAAGAUUCUAGAACCUUCUUCAAAACAUUCUGGAACCUUCUUCAAAACAUUCUGGAACCCUUCACAAAGACUCAGCAACCAUCUUCAAAAGAUUCUAGAACCUUCUUCAAAACAUUCUGGAACCCUUCACAAAGACUCAGCAACCAUCUUCAAAAGAUUCUAGAACCUUGUUCAAAACAUUCUGGAACCUUCUUCAAAACAUUCUGGAACGCUUCACAAAGAUUCAGCAACCAUCUUCAAAACAUUCUAGAACCUUCUUCAAAACACUCUGGAACCCUCCACAAAGACUCAGCAACCAUCUUCAAAACAUUCUAGAACCUUCUUCAAAACACUCUGGAACCCUCCACAAAGACUCAGCAGCCAUAUUCAAAACAUUCUAGAAUCUUUUUCCAUAAGAUACUGGAACCUCUCUCAUAGAUUCAAGAAUCUUCUUCAAAAGUUUUUGGAACCUUUUUUAAAAAAAAAAAUCAGUUAACUUAUUAAAAAAAAAAACCCAGGAACCUUCUUCAAAACAUUCUGGAACUUUUUUCCCCAAAAGAUUUCAGAACCUUCCUCAUAGAUUCAGGGACCUUCUUUAAAGACACUGAAACCUUCCUCAAAGAUUCCGGAGCAUUUAUUAUAAGAACGCCUGGUACAUUCAUUCAGUUCACAACUAAGUGACGUGGAUAUUGAUUUGUUCAGCGUUCAGGAGGUUGCGUCUGCGUACAGCAGAGUGACUUACAGUCUGAAAAAUACACCACAUAAUGCGUGUUUCUAUUAAGGCGAGUCAUAGUUCAAGAAGAGGAGGAAAAAAAAAAAAAAAUCCUUACAAACAGGAAUUUAGCGUCCAUGCCAUGUCUGUGCGUUCAGGCUUCUUUUCUUUAUCCUUUGUGUUGUUAUAAGGAUUGUUGCUGAAACUCUUUCAAAAAAAAAAAAAACCCACAGCGCUGGAACUUUGAGGUUGUGUAUAGACGCAGUUUCUUCUUAGCCGUGAGUUAAAAAAGGAUGUUUAACCCAAAACCUUUAUGAAAGUUAGCAGGAGUUACAUAAUAGCGUAAUGCAUUAUACAUAAGGAAUCAUUUAGACCUUCCCAGACUAGCUGUAUUAGCAUUUCUGCCUGAAGGGCUCCUUUAAUGCAGGGCUUUUUUUUUUCCUUACAAUCCUGCAGAGACACACGAGUGUGUUGGAGCAAAGAAAGAACAAACAAGCUGUUUCGCCUGGCUACAUAAACGUGAAAAUCAAUAUGAGGGAUAAUAUGGUUUUGUCAGGCUUAUCUAAAAAAGAUUUGCCAAGAACAACAACUCAGGCUGUGAGCUUAACAGAAUUAGAUCACUACAAAUAUUACUAACUUAGAGUUUAGUUUUAAAAAAAAUCUAAUUAACAUAGUUUUCAGUAUCUCAGGAAUAAAACACGAUGAGACAUAAGAAAAUAAACCAGUGGCUGCUACCACCCGAGGCUGAUUAUUUUCCAAAAACCCAUCAAGUUUUAUUCCUCUUAUACCUCCUUUAAAAUCUUCAUUUAUUAAAGAAUGAUGCAUCAUAAUUUCUAUCCAUUUAUAGUUACAUUCAAUGAUGUAGAACGUUAGUUCUGCUCCAACUCCUCCAUCCUGAAGACUUCCCCGUGACUGGAACAGAGCACUGGCGCUGGAGACUCCUUCCAUAAAUGUUUAAAAAAAAAAAAAAAAAAAAACAAACAAUGAUAGAAAUUUGUCCUGUAGACGUUACACAACAUCUGAAUGUAACUAUAAAUGGAUAAAUUAAAAAUUGUAAUCGUUGGCACAUUGCUGUGGUAUGAGAGGAAUAAAACACUACAGGAUGUGCUGUUAUAGGAAAAUAAUCAGCGAUACAUCACACCAUCUUGUCGAUGAUUGUUUUCCUGUAACAGCUCACCUCCAAGUGGUUUAUUCCUUAUUUCUUAAAUGGCUAGAAAAUGUAUUUAUGUAUGCUUUAAGGGAGAAAACAGAAAUACUUAAACAGAAACUACAGUUAGUGGCAGAUGAAAUGCAUCAGCUAGCUAGCUAGCUAAGAGGUAGGUGUAGCUAAGAGCUAGCUAGGAUAAUGGCUUUUGAUCAGGGAACACAAGAGUAUUGUUCGCUUUUUACCUGAAAAAGUCAAAGACAAAGCAUAAAACAACAACAACAACUUCGGAUUCAGUUUCUCACCGCCAUCCAUAAGUACUUUAUCUUUCCUGAUCUUUCGGGUAAUGUUUAAAUCAUCUUCUAACUUAUGAAAAGCUUGCACUGAGACUGAGUGAAGUGUGUGUGAUGUCACCGAAGAGAGUGAGACAAAACUAUUGUCGGAUUUAUCCUCCAUUAAAAGCCUGAAUGUUCUGACCCAAAUCUACACCUAUGAAGCUCCACUUAGUUCAGAUUUUUUUCUUUUUUUUUUUUCUUUUUUUUUUUUGAGGCAGGAACUGCAGGCAGCUUAACA